GAGCACUCCACUACUCCUACCUCCAUUUGGACUAAUUUACUGUACACUAAUUACUCUGUAAUCGAGGUUUGCUGUUUUCUUUCCCUUGUCUCUCUCUCUUUUUGGCUUUUGCCACUGCUUUUCCCAUUAAUAUUACCAUCAUUCUCUAUGUCAGCUUCUUCUGCCAAAUCUUUCAAAACCCCAUAACACUUUUCUAAACUUCCAAAUCCACCAAAACAAACCCAGUUCAUGCUCUUCAGUCUUCAUAGCUCUGCAUUACCAAAAAAUAUCAUACUUUAUGAAAUUUCUCCAACUGGGUUUUUUCUAGGUAAAAAAUGGGGAGCACGAACUCUCCAAAAACCCCAUAAACUCAGAAUGCAUAUUUCAGGUUCAUAACUGAAAAAAAAUUCAAAACUUUGUGUGGAUUCAACUACUGGGUUAAAGAAAUGGGGAGUGCGAACUCAAAAACAGAGAAAACAGCAGCACUAAUAAUGUGCAAACAGAGGAAACGCUUAAUAAACCAAGCUGUAAAUUCAAGGUACAAUUUAGCAGCUGCACAUGUUUCCUACAUACAAUCCUUAAAAGACAUUGGCAUUUCACUUAGACGUUUUGCAGAAGCUGAAGUUUUAAUAGAAUCAUCCAUUUCUCUAAGUGUUUCUCCUACCCAUAACAACACUGAACUUCUUGACAAAACCCCUUCUCAUUCAUCUUCUUACCAUCCUUCUCCUUCCUUUUCUCAUGAUGAAGUCAUUGAGAUGACUGAACCCAGGUUAAGUUGCAUGAAAUCUGGAACUGGGAAUGUUUCUGUUACACUUAGGUAUAAUCCCAGUACUAAUAUUCAUACUUUUGUGGAUAAUAAUGAUGAAGAUUCUUUGGGUUUUACACUGCCUCCUCCACCUCCACCGCCGCCACUGGAAGGAUCUGAAGUUUCUUGGGAUUAUUUUGAUACUGUUGGUGAUCAAAGCGAAGCUGAUAGUUUUAGAUUUGUGGGUUUGGAUCCGGGUUUGGGUUGUGAUGGGUCUGAAAAUGGGAGUAUUAGGUUGUGGGGGGAAGAGGGUAAUGUUGGAAAUAAGUUCAAAGUUGAGAGUGGAAUUAGUAAAAUUGGGGGUGGAGAUUUUAGUCCUAGUUGUGCUAAAGAUGCUAAUUUUGUGCAGAAAAUGGAACAAGAGAAGGAUUUAAAUGAAGAAAGAGAAGACCCUUCUGAGUUUAUUACACAUAGGGCUAAAGAUUUUGUGUCAAGUAUUAAGGAUAUUGAGCAUCGGUUUUUUAGAGCUUCUGAGUCGGGUAAAGAGGUUUUCAGGAUGCUUGAGGCUAAUAAAAUUCGGGUCGGGUAUGCUGAGGCUAAAGGAAACUCGUCUUCAUCAGACUUUCUAGCGGCUUGCUGUCGUGGCAGAAGUGUUCACGCUACUAAUGAACUUCAGCCACAAAAUGUUCCCAAGGUCAUUGUGUGGAAUCGGUCUACUUCUUCGCAGUCAUCAGCAUCCCGGCAUCCUCUAGCCACCACGUCAAAGGAUGAUACCGAUGAUACUGGCAGUGAAUGUGUUGAAGAUUUUUGCAUGAUUUCAGGGAGCCAUUCUUCUACUCUCGACAGGCUCUAUGCAUGGGAGAGAAAGCUAUAUGAUGAAGUCAAGGCAAGUGAAGUCAUCAGGAAGGAGUAUGAAAAGAAAUGUGACCAACUCCAGCAUCAAUUUGCAAAGGAUAUUCAUACUCAUGUCAUCGAUAAAACCAGAACGGCUGCAAAAGAUUUGCACUCAAGAAUCAUAGUUGCACUUCAAUCCGUUGAUUCAAUAGCAAAGCGCAUCGAGAAAAUGAGAGAUGAAGAGUUGCAGCCUCAACUUACAGAAUUGGUUACUGGAUUCAUCAGAAUGUGGAAAGCCAUGCUAGAAUGUCAUCAUGCGCAAUACAUAACAAUCUCGUUAGCAUACCAUGCCAAGACUUCGGUGGGCAACUUGGGAGGAGAAACAUAUAAGCAAAUAACGACUCAACUCCAGUACGAAUUCGAGUGCUUUGGUCUCAGUUUUGCUGACUGGAUGAACAGUCUUACGUCCUACGUGGAAGCACUUAACGGAUGGUUACAGACUUGUGUACUGCAAACUCAGGAACGCAGUUCUCGUGGUAGUAGAAAACCAUUCUCCCCAAGACGUGUAGUGGCCCCACCGAUAUUUGUUCUCUUACGUGAUUGGUCAGCUGGGAUUAAAGCUUUACCUUCUGAAGAAGUCAGUGAUGCCAUUAAAAACUUCUUAUCGGAUUUGCAAUAUCUGAUAAAGCAGCAGCAGCAGGCAGAGGAGAAAAGGGACACAGCCACACCCACAGAGGUUGCAGAAAGUAAUGGGGAAUUAAAAGGGAAGUAUGAAGAUACCAAUGAAGGUAGAUCUGGUAAUCUGAGCUCCAUACAUACAAGUUUGACAAAGGUGCUUGAUAAACUCAACAAAUUCUCCGAGGCUUCGUUGAAACUGUACGAGGAUAUUAGACAGAAAAACGAGGCAGCUCGUAUUGCAUAUUUGAAUCCCAGACCUAUCAGACACUGAAGCUUACAUGUAAUUACUAGCUACUGGAAAACAUCUGUCCAUUUUGAUGCCUAAUCUAUUAAGUUUCAGAGUUCUGCAGUGUCUUGCUAACAAUGAGCAAACGUUGUUUUAGCUUUAGAAAGUGUGAAAUAUGAAAGAUUCAUGCCACAAA